AACUCGAUCGCAGUCGAGUGAAAGAUUUCGUUGCGUGCGGAAGCAAGUAACCUGUUCUCUGCUUGCGGGCUCUUUUUUAUUAUUUUCUUUGGAGGAGCGUUGUGUUGUUUUUUGUUGGAUUCUGAAGCCGUUUCGUUCUGAGGGGUUUUUUGGUUUCCCUGGAAUAAUUAACUGCAUCUUCACAACCUGGAUAGCUAACGAACGUCACCAGUUCCGGAAAUACAUGUGGCAUAUUCGGAUUUGAAUAUCCCCCACAUCAACGAGUGAGUGAAUGAGCAAAAACCAGAAACAAAGUGAGGCAACAAAAUUCUUAUACAUUUAGCUGGAGAUCAAGUUGAUUAAUCCUGAACAACCACGCGUUGUCGCCGUCUGUCGGCCAACAACAGCAGCAACAAUAAUACACGGCUUGCAGGCCGCAAAACUGAAAGUGAAACGUCUACGCAACCUUUAGGCUCUUAGGAAGCCAGUAGUGGUCGUCGGGAAGUGGUGUGAGUGAACCGAAGCUCGCCUUAAACCGGUACCAGGUGGAGUUUGUUUCUUUCGUUUCGGUACUGUGGCGGCAUUCUAAGUGCACCCGGGCUGUUGUGUCUUGACGAGGCUUUUGUGGUCAGUGUCAGACGGUUAAGACUCCGUGUGCUGCUAUUUGCAACAGUUCGCGAUCUUGUUGUGUCCGGUAAAAAGUUUACCGUUUAAAAACGCGCGUCUAUUUGGCCCCAACAGCGGCAAGUACGAAACUGCAACCCCCCCACAGGCGGCAGGAGAGAGGACUGAGGAGAAAUAAAUUUGCGCCCAAGAUUACCACGUUCCCAAUCGGAUGUCUUCCCUACCGUAUCAACGCUGGUGAAUUGAAUUAACUGAUAAGAUUCAAAGUGUUGGUCGCCGAGUAGUGUUUGAAGUUCGUCAUGGACGAGUCUACGUCGUCCAGUAAUGACCAUUCGGCAGGAGGGGAUGGUUACGCGUACAAAAAUGAGAUAUCGCUUUCGAUUGGUGAAGAAGAUCACAAUUCUGGAACGAACAGUACGGCGAUCCCGACGCCAUCGCCACGACACGUUGAAGUGCCAGUACCUAUGGACGAUAGCGAAUACGCUUCGCUGAAGGAUAGCAAACAGAACGGUAACGGUAUGAGUGGACUGGAUAAUCCAGCAUUUGAGCCAGAAAAGGAGAAACGACCACUUAGUUCAUUUGGGCAUUCAGGGGAGAAGUCACUAGGAGCUACCUCGGUCAACGGCAAAGCUAAUGGAGAGAAGCCGUUGGCAGAAGCAGUUAACUUGGAGCUGUUGAACAUGUCCAAGCCAGCGAAUGGUCAUCAAAAUGGAUCUAGUGCACUUCCAGUCAAGAAGGAUACCGAGGUGGACAUUGGAGAUCCAUACGAUGAGUAUUUCGUACCGGUUAAUGAACAUCGGAAGUUUAUGAGCGUAUCGUUCCAAAAACCGCGUCGGCACGCGUACAGCCAUCAUGAUCGGGGUGUAGACUACACCGGUCACUCCGUCAAUGAACCGGUACACGGAACCGUGGACUAUAAACAAUGGACCAAGAUCACGAGAGGCGAGAAGCUAUACGUCACCAAGGACAAGCGAGAGAAGAAAAAGAAGAACUGGCUCUGCUGGGUGCUGGGCCUGGCCGUUUUACUAGCAGUGAUCAUCAUAGCCAUCCUGGCCGGCUCAGGUAAAAUCUUCAACGAGAAUCCUACCCCAGUGGAAUCGCGACAGUUCGCUAAAGAUAACCAGAUAGCCACGGCUGGAGUCUUCGGGUCGGGAUCUAAGGACAACUCCAUACCGCGACCACAGAACAAGACAACUUCGACGGAGUAUCCUUCUACGAUGUCCCCUCCGGGCUCCACGGUUCCACCGGUUCCGCCAACUACCGAGGAGAACAUCGUUUACGUGCCGAACACUUUGGAAGGACAGAUUACGCUUACGAACUUGGAAUUCCUGGACGACUAUCGGGAUCCGAAUAGUUCAGCGUACAAAGUGUUGGCAGCCGAACUGGAAGAGGAAAUUCGAGACAGCUUGGAUGUUCCUGGAUCACGCGAUGAGAUCUUUGUGAAGAUCAUGAGUUUGAAACCUGGAUCUGUAGUUGUGGAUUAUCGCGUGAGCUGGGCUAAUUCAAGCUCAUUGAACGUCGAAAGCAUGAAGGAUCGGCUGACGAAUUAUUUGGACGACAACCAAAAUUAUCUGGCGACCUACAUCGUUCCGGUGAACACCAUUCGAGUAGCAAGACUUCCCGACCUCUGCUACACCGGCCCAGCUGAGAUGGGAUGUGAACAUGCCUGUGAAUUCAAUGCCCGUAUCGGUGAUUUUGUUUGCGUUUGCCCUACGGGAAUGCUGCUGAACAAUGAUGAUGGUAAAUCGUGUUACAGACCGGUCCCAGCGCCACAACCUGAACCAACCGCUGAACCUGAACCAGCGAGCGAACCUGAAGCAGCGAGUGAACCGGAGCCAGCCAGCGAACCUGCGUCAGAGCCAGAGCCCGCAGGAGAGCCUGAACCUGCAGGAGAGCCAGAACCGGCAGGAGAACCAUCAAGUGAGCCUGAACCUUCCAGCUCACUCGAACCUGCUAGUGAACCUGAACCUUCAAGUUCUGCAGAGCCGGAACCAUCCAGUGAGCCAGAACCCGCUAGUGAACCAGAGCCAGCUGGUGAACCCGAACCAACUAGCAAACCUGAGCCUACUAGUGAACCGGAACCAGCUAGUGAGCCAGAACCUGCAAGCGAACCUGCUAGCGAGCCCGAGCCUGCCAGUGAACCGGAGCCUGCUAGCGAACCGGAACCAACUGGUGAACCCGAGCCUUCCAGUGCUUUCCAAUCGGAAUCUACAAAAGAACAUACAACUACAGCGCUUCCCUCUGGCAAACUAAUUCAUGAACCAACUCCUUCAAGCGAACCUGAACCAUCGAGCGAGCCUGAGCCCACUAGUGAACCCGAGCCUGCUAGUGAGCCGGAACCAACAAGCGAACCUGAGCCAGCCAGUGAACCUGAGCCAGCUAGCGAGCCUGAAGCUACCUCAACAGAACAUUCUUCUUCUGAUCAUUCUGGUAAGCUUCAACUCGCUGCCGCUGCCUCAACAACUCAAAAGACCAUACCGGAGCCGACUAGUGAACCGGAACCAAGAAGUGAACCCGAACCCACUAGUGAACCGGAACCAAGCAGUGAGCCCGAGCCUACUAGCGAACCGGAGCCAUCCAGCGAACCUGAGCCAUCCAGUGAAUCCAAUCCAAAGAGCGAAGUAGAAGAAAUUAAGGCCACUACUCUGACCCCAGGCAGCACCGCUGAACCCUCUGCAGAACCUGAACCGUCGAGCGACUCUGAACACCACUCGUCAACCGUAUCGAGCUUAGGCAAGCUACAAUCAUCCACUGAACACUCCACCCAUCCAACCGAAGAGCACACCAUGCCGGAUUUCAUGAUCGCUGACUUGGACUCCACCAAACAUUCAACCAGUACUGAAACGAUCUCCUCAACUUCCCCACACUCCACCGCAGGAGAAACACCGGCUCCGGUGACAGAAACCAUCGAUGAUGACGUCCCUCAACCAACCGUCGGUGCCUACCUAGUUGCCGCCAAAACUACUCCCGCAACGGAACCGAUGAACGUGUUCGACGCUCGUUCACUGGAACACAACGCAUCGACCACGACUGCCGAAAACUCCGUUUACGCCACAUCCAGCCCGAUUUCCCUCGAACAAUGGCGUACAUCAACGAGCUUUUCCACUACAACUGAAGCGCUUAAGGAGCACGAUGAAGAUAUGUCACCUUUCCUGCCGAACAUCGAAUCAUCCAGUGCAAAGACCCGUGGUUCGUACGCUGUGACGGAAACAAUCCUGGAAACCGAAACAACACCGACACUGCUGACUCAUGCCGAUCAGUCUCCGUUCCUACCGGAAAUCGAUCAGAACGCUAGCUUAGUGAAGCUUCUACACGAGGGUUUGGAUCGACAGGUUGAUGGCUUUGAUAACGACUCGCAGCAGCAGUAUCUGGAAGUGUUGCCGUUGUCAAAGGAGAGCGACCGUAAUGAAUACAAAAAGCAGUUGGAUACUGUAACGAAGACUGUAUUUGUAGCGACGACUAUUCGCACAUACGGUCCAACAACGGAUUCACUGGAAGAUUUGAUUACGGCAGCUAGUUCAAGAAACAUCGUUGAACAGACAACUAAUGGUGGCGCUGAGGAAGACAUGAUGACGACGAGCACCGAGAAAGACGUGGAAGAGACCACACUGGGAAAAAUUGGCGCUUUUGGAACUACAACCGAGAGGGAAAGUGCUCGGCUCACGGAAACUACGGAACAGGUAGAAGAGAGACCGACGACCACUAUGGAGAACGAAACAAGAAACUCAUCGCCAAAAGCCGAGGUAGAAGAUAUCAGCACGACUGAAAAAGAAGCAGAUAAAGCGACAACUGUGAUGAUGGAUGAGUCGAAAGAUGAUUCCCCGAAAGGUGAUGUAGAAUUAGUGGCGACUAAUGAUACUGCGGAAAAGUUGACAGUAACGGAAGCUGAGCAACCGACUACAGAAAAGCAAGCAAUGGAAGCCACUGUAGGCGACGAAAAGCUAGAACUAGUAGAAGAACGUGUGACAGCAUCCAAUGAUGAAUCCGAUGAGGUGACCGAACGUUCAAAAGAAGACACGACAGAAAAGCAAGAAAAAGCUCCAGCGGAAUCUACAAGCCUAAAAGACGUCGAGGAAACGACUGUGCACACCGUGAUGAAUGCUUCCUCUACAACUACAGAACCUAGUUCAAACGCGAAACUGAUGGAGGAAUCUACCAUGGAAGUGAAGGAACCUCCAACAACGACCACGUCGACGAGCACAUCCACACCAACCACUACGGAAGUAGAAACAACCCCAGCAGCUACAACCAGUACAGAAGCAGCAACCACGUCAGAAGCAGCUUCCACGACAAUUGCAGCCACGUCCACCACUGAAACCAUUACCAGUACAACUGCUCAAUCAAGCACCGAUAAAAGCAAAGCGGAUUUCUUGGAACGGACACUACUAGAUUUGGAACAGGACAACGACAUUUCCGAGAAUGAUUUGAAGGUUCUUCCCUUGGAUAGAAAAGCGGACAAACUAGAAGAAUCGCCACCACCUCCGGAUCCGUUAGGCUCCACUCAGAAAACAACCGUCGACCAGGAGUCCACCUUUGAAACGACUACCGGUCAUUUUUUAGGAGAAACGACGUUUCAUUUGAUUAGAUCAGAACGAUCGAAUGAAACGUCGGUAAUUAAGACGAGAAAUUCUGACGAUGACGACUUCAGCGAAUUGGUGGCUAGCGCCAGCGGAAUGUUUACGAAGUGUGCGGUAGGACAGUUUGAGUGUGUGAACGGUACGUCGAUCAAGGACGGCAGCUCGUGUAUUCAGAAAUCGGAACGGUGCGACUCGGUGUCACACUGUUCGGACAAUUCCGAUGAACAAGACUGCGAGCGAUUGGGAUGUCCGGGACAUUUCCAGUGUAACGAUGGUUUCUGCUUAGCUAGGCAGCAUGUGUGCGAUGGAAUUACGCACUGCAAUGAUGGUAGCGAUGAGGUUGAGUGUGAUCAGUGGCAAUGUAACUUUGAUGAAAUAUCUUGUGAUCCGAGUGGACGCAAAGGGCCAUGUCUGCCUGCGCAGUGGAAAUGCGAUGGACUGGAACAAUGUGCAAAUGGGUUCGAUGAGAGCGACUGCCCGGAUACGUGUACAAACGAUCAGUACUUCUGCAAUGGACAGCGUAAGUGUAUUCCGGAGUCGUGGCGAUGUGACGGUAAGUCAGAUUGCACCAACGACGAAGACGAACGACUAUGCGACUGUCCCGUGGAUAACUUCCGGUGUAACACCGGUGGAUGCGUCCCAAGUGCCUAUGUAUGUGACGGGCAACCACAGUGUCCGGAUCUGUCGGAUGAGUGGGGAUGUUUCACGUUGGAAGAAAGCGAGCUGAAAGUUCGCGUGGGAUCGGAGAAACUGAAUCCAGUUUGCGCAGACAGCUGGACCAAGGAGUUAUCGGAUGCCGUUUGUGCGGAGUUGGGCUAUUUGCAAGCUAAGUCAUUUUCGAUCUCGAACGUAACGGGUGGCGAUGCGUUCUACCGAUUUGUGGGUGUUAACAGUACCAAUCUGCUGGGAAGCUUGGCAUUGAUCACCAGUUGUUCCGACGGCUUGGUGAACAUCGAUUGCGAACUGUAUCGUUGCGGUAGUGAUAGAAUUACGCCUACCUCGGAACAACGGAUCGCUGGUGGACUUCACACGGACUCAAACCAGCUUCCUAGUCUAGCCUUAGUCUACAGCAAUAACGCAGCCAUCAAGUGUACUGCUAAUAUAAUAUCUCCUCGAUGGGCACUUGCAAGUUACUCCUGUAUUAUGGGUAAAACUGAAUUCAUCGACAACCGAAAUAUUGCGGAACUGAAUUGGAUGCUGUUCGCGGGAACCUCUCAGUUCAACUACAGCAUGAUCAAAGGAAGCAGUGGCAACAGUUCAUACCAGAUUGUUGAAAUCCAGAGGAUCGUACCUUAUCCUCAGGCCAAAUACAAACAAUUCCUCUACUCCGGAGAUGUCGUACUUCUGCAGCUGGCUAAGCCGCUGCAGUUGAACGAACAGGUGGGUAGUGCCUGUCUGGCACAGGACGCUGAAAUCGACUCGGAUCAGCUGUGCCUGACCGCUGGUUGGGGUGCGGAUCCGUCGGCCAUAACCAGUACCGAACAGUACCUCAAGUAUCUACCAGUGCCAACAAUACCGGCGGACAAAUGCAACUCCAGUGUGCACUACAACGGUUCCCUUACGGACGAUGCCAUCUGUGCGGGCUACCUCAGCAGUAGCAAAGCGACUUGCUAUAACGACGAAGGAGCUCCAUUGAUGUGCCACGCCGAAAGCACCGGUCAGUGGCUACUGGAGGGCAUUCUCAGUUACCAUGGGAACUGUGGCAAACGGCCACAUCCAGCUAUCUACAACUCGAUUACCUCAGGAAUCUCGAGCUGGAUUCGCAACACAGUUGGCAAUGAUCUGAUGUUCAUGAGCAGAAGAAGCGGUCUCGGCAGUGGUAGCCGAAUCAACGGUACUGAGCCAAGCAGCACACAGCCAACUACUCGGUAGGCGUUCCGAGUUUGACAGUUACACUUGGCUGCGUGCGUGCUUGAUUGAAUGUAAAUAUUGCGUGUAAUAUAGUUCGAACCGAAUGAGAAUGAUAGUUUAUGUGGCAGAAUCAUCGCCGAAUGACGGGAUGAGUUUUGAAAAAUAAUGUAUUUAUAGAUAGAGUGUAGUAUGUAGAACACUGAGAGAUAGAAGAGAAAUUCUGCUAUUUCCUCUCCGUUAUCAAUUAAUAAGAAAACCCGUCUGAUGAAGAAGAAAAUAACCUAGUCACAAAAGCCGAUUGUUUUGUGCCAAUACCUUAAAAUGGAAGUGAGUAAUCUCUGCUUUUCAUGAAAUGAAAACCGCAAUCAGAGCUAAGAAAAGUCCCGCAGUACACGGUUUCUCCGUUAUAUGAAUAAUAACAAACGAUGAUUUUUCAAAAUUCUUAAUUGUUACCAUUAGCUAUUGGACCCGAUUAUGUCUAAUGUUUCCAAAUCGAUCUAUUCAGAUGUUGGAUCAUAAAUAAAAAUUUGGAAUAAAGAACUUUUCUCAUUUGCUAAGAGUUGAUUACAAAAUGAGAAGGAUCGUUACGGAUACAUGAGAUGGAUACCUAAAACGUUAAUCUUAUUUUGCGGGACAAAACCUUUGUAAUCCCAAUUGAUGAAACCUGUCCAAUUAGACACUAAAGUCUCAUGUUUGUGUUGUAUUUUCUAUAUGUUGCUUGGUUUGCGUGUAAAUAUGAUCUUUAUGCUAAAAACGAUAAACCUAAAUGGAUUGCUAAUGAAGGUAGCUGUCAGGAAAAAAAUACAAUUCGCAAUAUAUGUAAAGCAUAAUCAAAAGGAGCGCAGAAUCCGAAUGUAAUUAGUUUUUAACGUGAACAAGUGUAUGUAGAUUUUUUUUAAUUGCAACUCGCUACCCCCUAGGAAAGUAGAAACAUUUUCUAAUUGAACCAUUUAAUCCGUCUCUUAUCAUACCAAUUAUCAGCACUCUGUAAUAUUUGCCACCCGAUAAAUGUACUGUUUUGUGUUUUCUUUCUCUUGUAUACGAUCAAUACUCAAUUACAUGUCAGUAAAACGAAAGCUGUGCUGAAGUUGAACAGUCAUGGUAAAACGAGAGCCUGACAUCUAGUUUUGGUUUAUCAGUGAUUGAGGAUCAGUAAAAAGCAGAUCGAUAUUUUAA